AUGGGAUUUUCACAUAGGGAAAAAAAAACAACGGCCCCUAGUCCCCAGCAGGCCUUAAGUGGUCAAGGGGUGCCAAGAAUCCCUGGGAAGUAUGCAAUAGCGGAGGGAUGUUGCAGAAAAAUUCAGAAUGGCCCCUCUAUGGUACUUAGACCUGGAACGCUCAAUGUUGGAUCACUGACUGGCCGCAGCAUGGAAAUCGCAGAAAUGCUCGAGCGUAGAAGGAUUGACAUCUGCUGCCUUCAGGAAACCCGAUGGAAAUCGAAUGGUGUCUGUCAUGUCAACUCAGACAAAGAAAAAUAUAAACUAUUCUGGAAUGGUCAAAAGACGGCCAAAAAUGGUGUUGGAAUUUUUGUCAGAGAAACGCUAGCCCAAGAAGCGAUCUCAAUGGCCACGUUGGAGAGAAAACAGAUGGUUUUGACAACGUACAUGGUGGUUUUGGCUAUGGAGAACGGAAUGAAGAUGGCAAUCGCAUCCUUGAGUUUGCUGAAAGUCACAGGUUUUGUUUACUGA